GAGUGAGAGGAAGAGAGCGAGAGAGAGGGAGACAGAGGGAGGAAGGGAGAGAGAGAGAUUCGCAAGCAAACGCCCUGGGAUUCCAUCAGGAAAAAAAAAAAAAAAAACUGAGUCGAGCGAGAAGAGGUUAAGCGGGAGAAGAUUUUUCGAAUCUCUUCUCGGUGCAAAAAGAAGCGACUCUUGUCCCUCCUGCCCGGAGCUCCUCCAGGAUUGUUUCUUGGCUUCGAAACCUUUUGUGGAUUUCUUUCCUUUUGCCGUUCAUCCCAGCUUUUCAUUCUCCUCCGCUCAUUCCCUCUCCCUCCCUCGUUUCCUGCCUGCCUCCCCACACACCGUUCUCCCCUAACCUUCCCGGCUUCUCCUCUUUGGGAAGGGGCUUAGACGCGGAGCCGGCCGAUACUAGCAUCUCCGGGAAAGAGCGAAAGAGAGAUUUGACCGCUGGACUGGAAUAUUGUUUUUGGUUUUGAUUUUUACUGGGGAAGGGGGGCAGCGAGAGAGACCCCCCCCCCCCUCUCCUCCCAACCUGUCCAGCGAGAAGUGUAGGCCGCCGGGACACCAGACCAUCGUCGACUACAGGAAGGAAUAUCUGGGAUUUCCGCAUUGGAUUUGGGGUUCCUUAUUACUGGCUUGGCAAUUACUAUCAGUUCUCUCUUUUUUAACCCAAGGGGGAAAGGAAAAAAAAACAACACUGUUGGAUCUAUCUAACAUGAUCUUGGCAAACGCUUUUUGCAUCUUCUUCUUUUUAGACGAGACCCUCCGCUCCCUGGCCAGCCCCUCCUCCCCACAGGGCUCGGAGCUCCCCGGCUGGCGCUCGCCGGUGGACUGCGUCCGGGCCAAUGAGCUGUGUGCAGCCGAGGCCAACUGCAGCUCCCGCUACCGCACCCUGCGGCAGUGCCUGGCCGGCCGGGACCGGAACACCAUGCUGGCCAACAAGGAGUGCCAGGCGGCCCUGGAGGUGCUGCAGGAGAGCCCCCUGUACGACUGCCGCUGCAAGCGCGGAAUGAAGAAGGAGCUGCAGUGCUUGCAGAUCUACUGGAGCAUCCACCUGGGGCUGACGGAGGGUGAGGAAUUUUACGAAGCUUCACCCUACGAGCCUGUCACCUCUCGCCUCUCUGACAUAUUCAGGCUCGCAUCAAUCUUCUCAGGGACAGGGGCUGAUGCAGCCUUGAGCACCAAGAGCAACCACUGCCUGGAUGCUGCCAAGGCCUGCAACCUGAACGACAACUGCAAGAAGUUGCGCUCGGCCUACAUCUCCAUCUGCAACAGGGAGAUUUCCCCCGUGGAGCGCUGUAACCGCCGCAAAUGCCACAAGGCCCUGCGCCAGUUUUUCGACCGCGUGCCCAGCGAGUACACCUACCGCAUGCUCUUCUGCUCCUGCCGGGACCAGGCCUGUGCCGAGCGCCGCCGGCAGACCAUCCUCCCCAGCUGCUCCUAUGAGGACAAGGAGAAGCCCAACUGCCUCGAUCUGCGGAACGUGUGCCGGACGGACCACCUCUGCCGGUCCCGACUGGCCGACUUUCACGCAAAUUGCCGAGUCUCCUACCAGACGCUCACCAGCUGCCCCGCGGACAAUUACCAGGCCUGUUUGGGUUCCUAUGCGGGCAUGAUUGGAUUUGACAUGACUCCCAACUACGUGGACUCCAGCCCGACUGGCAUCGUGGUUUCCCCCUGGUGUAGUUGCCGGGGGAGCGGGAACAUGGAGGAGGAAUGUGAGAAAUUCCUGAAGGAUUUCACCGAGAACCCCUGUCUCCGAAAUGCCAUCCAGGCCUUCGGCAAUGGCACGGAUGUGAACAUAUCCCCCAAGGGCCCGCCGUUCCAUGCCACCCAGUCCCCCAGGAUGGAAAAGACCCCUUCCUUGCCAGACGACCUCAACGACAGCACCAGCCUGGGGACAAGCGUCAUCACCACCUGCACCUCUGUUCAGGAGCAGGGGUUGAAGGGAAACAAGUCCAAAGAGCUGAGCAUGUGUUUCACCGAGCUCACCACGGACCUCACCCUUGGGCCCAAGUUCUUGGGGGACCCCAACUCACUCAGCAGCCGGGCUAGUCCUGUGGCCGUCUUGAUCGUCCUCCCUUGUCUGAUGCUGAAGCUGACUUUGUAGAUGCCAGGAAUCAACUUGGAAGAUUUCCCCACAAAACUCAAAACUAAAUUCAAAAGAACCAGUCUAACAAAACAGAAACACACACACACACACACACAUACACACACACACACCACACAUACACACACAUCACAUACUUGCACACAAACCACGUUCUUGCACACACAGAACACACACCUACACACACACACACACACACACACACCCGCACACACACACUCACUCUUUCCUUGCAAAGAUCCCCACCUUGUCUCUGAACUUGUCUCCUUCCAGGAUUCUGCUCUGGAGUUUUUCUAAACCAAACAGACAAGCAGGUGGGUAGCCUGUGAGCUGGCACUUGGCGCCCCUGGCAUGGUUAAGCCAGUGCCCAGGCAGUACACAUGGCCCUAGGAAAGCAUUUUCUUGGUGUCUUUUCCCCCUCCGAUUUUCCAAAGCAAGGGACCAAGGCAAGACACGAUGAAGAGCUCAAACUUCCAGACAGCUGAAGCUGGUCCCGGGACGAGGUCCUGGCUUCAUUUCUCAGCCUGCCUGGGGACCGAACUUACUGGACUGGUUUGGGGUUGUGUGUAUGUGUGUAUGUGUGGUGUCCAGCUCAGCAGGGAUGGGAAUUGGUCGGCAUGGUAGGGGAAGCCUACUCCAAAAGCCGAGUCCGGGAGCCUCAGUAGUUCCUCGUGGAUGGAGAAUCCCAUCUGUUCCUUCUCGUUUCUCUAUGUCCUCCAGUGGGGCUGAGCAUUACCUAUUGCAGUCGCUCUGUACCCUGGUGUUUGAAUCCCUGAAAUUUCCACAGAAGGGAAAGGAAAAUUUAGGGUCUGUCAGAGUCCUGUGAGCUCCUCUCCUUCCUGCUGUGGCACUAGGGGCCAGCCGGCCUGCUGAAGACAGGCAGGACAGAGGGAACCAUCCAUGUUGGAGGGUUGGGGAAUGUUCCUCUUUCUUUGAUGGCGAAUAUUUGAAAAAUCAAAGACAAAAGGAUACUUGGUUGGCUUGUUCUCUUUCUAGUCUGUCUGUUUGAUGGGUUUCCCUCCAGGGAGGGGAGCAGAGGGCAGGGGCUGGAAGAGGACACGGUUGGAAGUGUGUGUUUGUUUAAAUCUCUUUCUCUCUCUGUCUCUCUCCCUCUGUACCUCCCUCCCUUUUACCUCUUCUUCCUCUGAGACAUACCUGGACUGUAUGUACAUAGUGAACCCUCUAUUGACAUAUAUGUAUAUACAUAUCCAUAUACAUAUACUGUGUGGUUUUCCCUUUCUUUCCUUUUUUAAAAAAAAGACAAAAAAAAUCAACAGAUGAGCGAAAAUGUAUUAUUGUAAAGUUUAUUUUUUUUAAUACUGUUGUCUAUAAUGGAAAAAAUGAAGUUUAAGCCCUUGCAGCCGUGCUCUGGACUCAUCAGUGGGGCUGGGAAGGGAGCAGAGACCAAUAUCCACGCUUAACCAAUGGCUCAAAUAAAAGUACUAGGAAGCAAUUUGCCUUCUGCUUUGCUUCAGGUG